AUGGACGGAAGCAGCAUAGACCAAAUCACAAGCAGUGAAUCCAAAUCGAUCACUUCGCCGCCGGGUAAGAAGCUCCGCCGCGCCGGCAGCGUGAUCAUCGACGCCGGCUUCGAGGAGGCCUCGUCGCGGAAAGUGCCCUCGUCGCAGUUCAAAGGUGUGGUGUCGCAGCCCAACGCCCAGUGGGGCGCCCAAAUCUACGACAAGCACAAGCGCGUGUGGCUCGGCACCUUCAAAGACGAGGAGGUGGCCGCCCGCGCCUUCGACGUCGCCUCCCACCGGUUCCGCGGCCGCGACGCCGCCCCCAACUUCAAUCCUCUCUCCGACGACGAGAUCGCCUUCCUCAAUUCCCACUCCAAGGACGAGAUCGUCGACAUGCUGAGGAAGCACACCUACCGCGACGAGCUCGCCCAGAGUCUGCUCGAGAGGGGCGACGGCCGCGGCUCCUCGCGGUGCGAGCAUCUCUUCGAGAAGGAGCUGACGCCUAGCGAUGCUGGGAAUCUGAAUCGCCUCGUCAUCCCCAAAAAUCAUGCGGAGAGGUAUUUGCCGUUAAAAGGCGGAGACGUUACGAGAGGAGUUUUGUUGCACGUGGAGGAUUCCGGCGGCAAGGUAUGGAGAUUCCGAUAUUCGUAUUGGAAGAGUAGCCAGAGCUACGUGCUGACGAAAGGGUGGAGCCGUUUCGUGAAGGAGAAGAAAUUGAAGGCCGACGACAUCAUCAGUUUUCGGAGAUCGACCGGCCCGGAUAGGCAGCUUUACAUUGAUUGGCAUGUGACUGAUAGUGGGCUGAAUGGCCCGAUUGAUACGGGCCGGGCUGAGCCUGCGAUGCUGAGGCUGUUUGGAGUGAACGUAUUGGAGGUUCCCAGGAAUAGCGGCGGCGAUGAAUCAUGA